GUAUUGUUUGUGGUAGGGACUUCCUUCACAGUGACGAGAAUAGCCAGACACGUAAAUCUCUGAUAUUAACCUCUUGGCACAUAAAUCUUAAUCAUAAUGGAUGCUGAGUAUGUCUUAUGCAAUUGGCAAGACCAGUUGUGGCCAGCAAAAGUUUUGUCCAGAUCUGAGGCUUCAUCAAAUAGUAAGAGAAAAAAGGUAUUUUCCCUGGAAGUUCAAAUACUCUCACUGGAUGAAAAAAUUCAAAUGGAAAGCACAGAAACAAAGAUCCUAACUAAAUCUCAAGUUGAAGCUCUUGCCUCCUCACUAGCCACACAGUCAGAGGUCAGUGACCCACCUGGAGAGGAAACAGCCUAUGCCAGGUCACUAAAAAUGGCACUAGAUAUUCUGAAUGCAAGAACAAAUUUUAUUCAAGUAAGCAGUUCAGAUGAGGAAGAGACCACUAUACUGUCUCAAAACAUACCACAAAAGCCAUCUGAUUCACCCCCUCGUAAAAAGUAUCGGAAGCAUGAAGGAGAAGGAGACUUACCAAAGUGUCUGGAGGAAAAUGAAAAUUCAACAACCCUGUUAGUAUCAUCAGAGAGUGAUGAUUCCCUGUAUGAUGAUAAAUCACAGGUGCAUGCAAUGAUUGAUAGUAUUCCAAAUGAAAUGGAAACAAAAUCAUCACAAAACCUCAGCUGGUGCCAGACUUUCCCUUCACUUUCAGAAGAUGAGGAUGAAAAAGAGAGCAAGAAAAAGAUUGACCUCUCAAUUUUGCCUUUGCUUUCCACAAUUAAAGAGGAAGAUGUAUAUGUUAAAGAAGAAAAAUUCAGUUCAACUUUACCAUCAGAUGUCUUCAUUGUGCCCAAAGCUUUAAAAGAGGAUCCAGAAGACAUCUACCCAGAGGCCCCAGCCACUUCCUCUGAAUGCUCUGCCCUCUCAGAGAAUAUUGAUGAUCCUGGAGAGGGUCCCUCUGAUCCAUGCUCAGUUGCCAGCCAGAAUCAACCUACUGUGGAAUCAGAGAUGGGUGCUGAGGCAUCCCCUCAGCCUUCUUCACGGGAACAUCAGGUUUCAUUUAGUGCCUCUAGCCAUUCCGGGGAUUAUUCACUCCUCGGGAGUAAUGAAAGAAAUCUUCAGAGACUGGAUUUUGAAGAAUUUGAGGAAGAAUUUCAAGCUUCUGACAAGUCAGCGCGUGCAAGUUCGAUUGCUGCAUCCAUAUUAGAUGACGAUGAAGAAGAUGAAGAACUUCCCCGUUUCGUUUUUCAUUAUGAGCAACGUUCAUUUGAAACAGGGAUGAUUGUCUGGUUUAAGUAUCAAAAAUAUCCAUUUUGGCCAUCAGUGAUAAAAAGCAUCAGGCGAAAAGAGAGAAAAGCAAGUGUGAUUUUUGUUGAGGCAAAUAUGAAUCCUGAAAAGAGAGGCGUUAGAGUGCCUUUUAGAAGGUUAAAGAAAUUUGACUGUAAAGAGAAGCAGGCACUAGUGGAGAAAGCCAGGGAGGAAUACAGUGAAAGUAUUGACUGGUGCAUCUCGCUUAUUUGUGACUACAGAGUUAGAUUAGGUUGUGGUUCUUUUGCCGGCUCAUUUUUUGAGUAUUACGCUGCUGACAUUAGUUAUCCAGUUAGGAAAAUAAUCAAACAGGAUACCUUCAGGAAUUUAUUUCCAAAGCUGCAAAAUGAAAAUACUGGGAGAUCAAUGUCUGUGAUUUCCCAGACCAAGAAAAUGUCCUUCCAGAAAAUUCUUCCAGACCGAAUGAAGUCUGCUCGGGACCGAGCCAACAAGAACCUAGUGGACUUCAUCGUGAAUGCAAAGGGAACAGAGAGCCAUCUCUUAGCCAUUUUAAAUGGCACGAAAGGGUCCAGGUGGCUGAAAUCAUUCUUGAAUGCACAUAGAUUCACACCCUGUAUUGAAACAUACUUUGAAGAUGAAGAUCAGUUGGAUGAGGUGGUGAAAUAUUUGCAAGAAGUCUACAAACAAAUAGAUGAAAAAAUGCUGACUCGGAUAAGAGAUGAUAAAAUUAAAUUUAUCCUGGAAGUUCUUCUGCCAGAAGCAAUCAUCUGUUCAAUUUCUGCUGUUGAUGGAUUAGAUUACCAGGCAGCAGAAGCAAAGUAUCUGAAGGGGCCAUCUCUAGGAUACAGGGAAAGAGAAUUAUUUGAUUCAAAAAUCUUGUUUGAAAAGAGGCGGAAACCAUUAACAAAGGAAGAUCAUUAAAUCUUCUGAGGGUCCAGUAACA